UGUAAUGUCGUUAAAAGAAUUACGAAAAUUUCGCGCGCUUGAAAUAAUCGAUUUCAUGUCGAAGUAAAUUCGAGCAAUCGAGACCGGAAUCUCGAAGAAAAUGAUCGAUAGUUCGACACAGAAUUUUUAAGUCGGUUAAAGCAACUUAAGUGACGGAGAAUGGAUUUCGAAAGCCCCGAUGUAGAAAAAGAAUUCCCGGGACUGUACGCGUCGGAAUCCGCUAAGAAAAGUAACGAAAGUGAUUUCAGUGAUGAAGGUGGACACGAGAAACAUUCUAAAAAAGAACUCCUCGGUGGUAAACGCAAAGAUAAGAAAGACCGAAAAGAUAGAGGAUAUGCCACCUUAGAGGGUGAAAGUUCCCCUGACGAGGAUCAGGAAACAAAAAGUCCAUCAAAGUCAAAGAAAACCAAAGCCUUCAAAUUUCCUUCAAAGAAGGAGAAACGCGAGAAAUCCAGGGAAAAGGAAGGUAAAGAGAAGGAUGCAGAAAAAGAAAAAGAUAAGAAGAAGAAAGACAAGGAUGAAAAAGAUGUAGACAAAGAGAAACGCAAGGAAAAGGAGAAGGACAAGGCAAAACAAAAAUUGAAGGACCGUAAAAAAGGAAAGCACAUUGGGGAAGAAUGUUUAGACAUUGGAGAAGAGCAGCCAGUAUUUGGUGUGAGCCUACAUUUAGCAGUGGAACGUAGUCGCUGUCACGAUGGUGUUGAACUGCCUUUAGUUGUAAGAAAUUGCAUUGAUUUUGUGGAAGAAAAUGGAAUGAACAUAGAGGGUUUGUACAAAGUUCCCGGAGUAAAAUCGAAAGUUCAGUACUUGAAAAAGUUAUACAACAACAGGGAGCAUGUAAAUAUAUCAGAGUUCGAACCUACAGUAGCUACAAGUUUAUUGAUAUUAUUUCUUAGGGAGCUACCAGAGCCUGUACUGGAAAGCAGUGAAAUGAUAUCUAGGUUUGAGCAAGCAGCAUCCACAAAAGAUGUUGCACAAAGAGAAGUACAGUUGUUACAGUUAACUCAGCAGCUUCCAGAAUGCAACAAGGUUCUUCUCGCGUGGGUUAUAUUGCAUUUAGAUCACGUCACGGCACGAGAGAAAACAACCAAAAUGAAUGCUCAAACCAUCUCCAUGACAUUAAGCCCCGUCCUACAAAUGAGUCAUAGAUUGUUACUAGCUUUGUUAUUCCAUUGCAAAGCCCUUUUUCCAAAUGUACAAUUAACAAAAUAUGUUCCGCCGCUCUCAUCCGGCUGUGUCAAUCUUCCAGAUUCUGUGGAAAGUAUUGCCGCUGAAUUGUCUAAGCAAGAGUCGUUGCUCUCGCAGAUACACAUGCAAAUGAACGCAGGUUUUGUUACUAAAUCGCGCGAGGAACAACUGUGGGAAGUGCAACGUAUGAUAACCCAAUUGAAGAGAAAGUAUAAAACGGUUCAAAAAAUAGAAGGUGCGACCCAGAAGAGCAUAGACGAGGAAGUGAAGUCAACCGAUGAAACGGUAGUCGAAACGAAUGUACAGAAAGCUAAAGUCGACGAAGAAGAUUCGACGCACGUCAAGUCUGAAAUUCAAACACCGUCUACCUCGACGUUAAAAAGGAUUAACAAAGUUCACACCUCGGAGGACAAUAAAGAACCGAUAAGUACAAAUGCCAAUCAAAAUGAAAGAAGUAGUCAGACGACAGACAAAGAUAUCGUUGAUUCCGCCGAGACAGCCACAGUUGCAUCGCAAGCCAGUGAACAGGAAAAUACCGCAGUGUCCAGGACAAGUGAGAAUGUUUCAGUAGUAGAACCCGAGCCUGAAAAUGCUAUAGACAAGCUGAGGGAGAGCUUAAUUUACGAAGAAUUAUUGAACAUGCAGGCGUUGCUAAAAUCGCGAAUAAAUCAAGAGAGGAAUGAAAUAAAACGAUUAACGGAAAUGUUAGCCGAGCGAGGUCCAGAGAAGAAGAAACCAGAAAAACAGGAAAGGGUAUAUUCGCCAAACGAAGCUGAAUGGACCGCCAUGAUUCAGUUGGCUAAAGAAAAUCAGUUACUGGAGAAAAAAAUGACCACCUUAAUUCGCAGCAUUAUAGAAGAGAAGGAUGCCUGCAUCGAGCUCCGUGUCCAGCUAGCAGUACAACAAUUAACAGCCAAAACUUGACAACUAAUCAAUAAUAUAUAAUAUUUGAAAUUUGCAGAAGGAAUAAUUACACAGAUUCUCAACAUAUGUAACAUGUUUUCCACAGAAUGAGUAUAUAUAGUUUAUAAGAUGUUAUCUACAACCAUAUGUUUUCUCGAUCCAGUCUAUUCUCUUGUAAAAUAAUAAAAAGCAAACAGAACAUGUA